UCUGCUCCCGCCGCCGCCGCCGCCGCCGUCGUCUUUCUCUGUCUCGGCUGAGGCAGCCAUCUUUCUCUUGCCGCGUGCUGGUGUUGGAGGACCCUCCCUGCUUCAGAUUUACCAACAGCAUGAAUCAAGAAAAGUUAGCCAAACUUCAGGCUCAGGUCCGGAUAGGGGGCAAGGGUACAGCUCGCAGAAAGAAGAAGGUAGUACAUAGAACAGCCACAGCUGAUGACAAAAAGCUUCAGAGUUCUCUAAAAAAACUGGCUGUGAAUAAUAUAGCUGGUAUUGAAGAGCUUGAUGUGACUGUGCCUUGUUACGCUGAGAUACAGAUUAGAGCUUCAUUUGUGAACAUGAUUAAAGAUGAUGGGACAGUUAUUCAUUUCAACAAUCCCAAAGUCCAAGCUUCCCUUUCUGCUAAUACCUUUGCAAUUACUGGUCAUGCAGAAGCCAAACCAAUCACAGAAAUGCUUCCUGGAAUAUUAAGUCAGCUUGGUGCUGACAGUUUAACAAGCCUUAGGAAGUUAGCUGAACAGUUCCCACGGCAAGUCUUGGACAGUAAAGCACCAAAACCAGAAGACAUUGAUGAGGAAGAUGAUGAUGUUCCAGAUCUUGUAGAAAAUUUUGAUGAGGCAUCAAAGAAUGAAGCUAACUAAAAGUUUGGUUUUUGGAAGCUGGCAUGGACUAGAUUUAACAAAUCAGCUAUGUGGUUCCAAAGUUUUACAGACACGGAGAACAUCACCUGUUACUAGUUCAGUAAUAUAAAUAUUUUGUAUAUUAAUAAUGCUGUUUGUUCAGCAUUUUUCGGUCAUUUGAUUUUGCAUUUUGCACUUCCUCCCAGGAUAUUUUUUUGGUCAAAAUAUGAAGUAUUGGUGCAGUUUGAGGGUGUUUUGGUUUUUGAUUCCUGGUUUUUUUGUUUUUUGUUUGGGGUAUUUUUGGUGUAUGUAUGUUUAUGUAUGUGUGUGGGUAUGUGUGUAUACAGUGGAGAGCAAAUUGGAAAACAGUUCUAUUUAUCCUCCUCCCUCCCCAGUAGAAAUAAAAAAAAUCUUUACAUUUGUUACUUUUCUUUUCCCCCCGUAAGACACAGAAUUAAUGGAAAGGGAGUAUCUUGGAUUUCAAAUCUGAAGAGAUUUUUACCAUUAGUGGUUUGAUUUUAAUUUGCUUGGUUAACUAUCAUAUUUUUCAUACACUUCUCUGGAUUUAAAAUAUCUUGAGGUAUUUUGCCACUGGCUUCAUGCUGGAGUAAUGGGUAACAUAUCUUUGGUAUGGUUGCCUUAGAUUAACUUACCUAGUCAGACCCAGAAGAACCUCUUUUACUAGCUUGCUUCCUAAAUGCCUUUUUUUCCUCUCCUUUUGGUCUCCAAAUGGCCUGGUCAGCUUUUGGUAAUAUUCUUCCUCAUCUUCCACCUAGCUUGAGAAGGAUGUUCUCCAUAUAGAGUUAAGCGAGUGCCUAAUCCCUCCUUUUGUAAGAUUUUGUUCCCUCAGCUUGAGGAACAACUUCAUCUUCAACUUUUUAUUUCUCCCUGAUGUUACAGUUUGGUAGAUUUCAAACUGGAAUAGCUAGCAUGUGCUUGCUAAAUAAUUUUAUGCCAGCCUUAUCCUGUAUCCUAGCUGUUCUUAAUAGCAGGUACAAAAAUGCCUGUUUUUCAGCAAGGUUGAAAUUGGGAAUGUCCUUUUGAAUCAGAAGAAAAUAGGCCAUAGACUCAUCUCCCAGCACAAAUGGGCAUUCUAUGAAAUGGUACUGGCCCUAGGAGGAUUUCCUCAACCACUCUCCUACUCUUGGCCUUGAACCUACCUCUGGGUUGGAUCUUACUAUUGUAGCUGCUCACUAUACCCUCCUGCAUGCUUAGAAUAAUGCUUUGAGGGGAGCACUGGUAAAACACAGUAUUUAUUUUUUUACCUCCUUUAAGAGGACUUGGAGGUAAGUUGCAUUCAUUCACUCAAGUUUCCCUCUUGCUGUCUAAUAGAAGCUUACUUUUUGCUAUAUCAGCAUUUGUUACAGCCAGUAUUUAAGGACAAAAUUUAGAAAAUAUAUCAUUUCCUGGCCCAUCAUCAAACUAAUACAGCUUAACCUUGCAGCUACCAACUUUUGUGUCAAGCUAGAUAUCUUUAUUUGAUAUCUAAGGUGCAAGACCAACAAUAUAUUAAGAGAUCUGUAGACAUGAAGGCAAAGCUCUUGUAUUUUUUUUCAUCCAAACACCUCAAUUUAUUUUAUAAAUUCGUUCAUUUUUCCUGUUAUGUUUUAUAUAAUAUAUGGACUAAACAAAAUAAAAUAACAGUGCAAAAGAGGAGAAUAUUUCCUCUUGUGCUUUUCUUGA